GAGAUUUUGUGGAAUGAAGGAGUUCAAUUGUUAUAACAGCUGUAUUUGCAGAUCUAAGGUUUUGGAUAUUGAUAAUGACGGCCCUUGAUGCGGAUAUAGUUUUACGUCGCCGGAGUUACUACCAAAUGACUGAUUUUCACAAGAACUCAAGACUAGUGAGCAUGGCUAAGAGGCGGAAAGAACUGUCGGUCCGUGAUCAUGGGAUUGAAAGGUCCAACAUCGUGAAGCAGGAUCUUGUCUCAAUGGCUGCUAAAGUAAAUUCGACUGAUAGAGAUCUGCAGCUGGGUGGAACUGUCCUAAUUCGUAAACGCCUUAUGUUAGGACGACAAGAAACUGCAAAAGUUAUACAACUUGGUUUGGUACCUCGCAUUGUCGAGUUGUUAAGUAGGGAGGAUUCUGCCGAGCUUCAGGUUGAAGCUGUUGGGUGUCUUUCUAUCAUUGCCUCAGGAGUAGUAUAUAAGUGGACAAAGGAUGUCCUAGACAGCAGAGCGGUCCCAGCACUUGUAAAACUUCUACUUUCUCCAAAAGAUAAAGUUCAGGAGCAGGCUGUUCAUGCAUUGGGAAAUAUAGCUGGAGAUUGUGCUGAAAGCCGCGAUCAUGUUUCUGCCAACGAACUGCAAGUUGGACAUUGUCCAACUUAUGCGGAGGAUAUCCAUUUCCUCCGUUUGAACAGACAAAAGCAGCUCUUCCGGUAA